AUGAACCAAUUUUUUUUCGCCAGAGCAAUCACACCUACCAGCCAAAUGCGUCCUCUUCUCAGUGUUUUUCUCUUCAUCUUCUCGGCCUUGGUGCUUGCGUCCACUGCUACUCCACUGCCUGAAGAGCCUGAAUCCGAGUACAUGAAGCGCUACUUUGACCCGAUCAAAUUCAUGGGAGAUCCUCGUCUCAUGAAAAAGUACUUCGACCCAAUUAAGUUUAUGGGAGACCCUCGUCUCAUUAAGAAAUACUUCGAUCCAAUUCUCUUCUCCAAUCCGACAUUGUAA